CACCUGCGCGAGUUGGGGGAAGGAGGAGGGGCGAGGUGACGCAGGCGUAAUAAUAGAGAAGGUGCCAGAAAGAUCCAAAACAAGUGGCUGCGGCCGUCGCCCAGGAGUCUUCAGACGCCGGAAUUCGGAAAAGGGGGAGGCUAACACGGCUGGGACUUGAGGGUGGCCCUGCCCGGCGGCACGCAGCAGGAGAGACGCACCGGCGGCAGUGAGGUCCAGGCCCCCGCGUAGCUGACCACAGACCCUCCCCGCUGUGUGGGUUCUAGGCCCUCGUUCCGAGCUGGUUCCGCCCCCUCUCCCCCGGGUAUGGCGCUGUCCGGGUCGACCCCGGCCCCGAGUUGGGAGGAGGAUGAGUGCCUGGACUACUACGGGAUGCUGUCGCUUCACCGCAUGUUCGAGGUGGUGGGCGGGCAACUGACCGAGUGCGAACUGGAGCUGCUAGCCUUCCUGCUGGACGAGGUCCCAGGCGCCGCCGGCGGCCUAGCCCGCGCCCGCAGCGGCCUGGAGCUGCUGCUGGAGCUGGAGCGCCGCGGGCAGUGCGACGAGAGCAACCUGCGGCUGCUGGGGCAACUCCUGCGCGUGCUGGCCCGCCACGACUUGCUGCCGCACCUGGCGCGCAAGCGGCGCCGGCCAGUCUCUCCAGAACGCUACAGCUAUGGCACAUCCAGCUCUUCCUCAGAGAGGACUGAGAGCAGCUGCCGGCGCCGUCGGCAGUCGAGCCGUUCUUCAAAUGCUCAGCAGGGUCAGUGGGAGACAGGUUCCCCUGCAGCCAAGCGGCAGCGGCGGAGUCGUGGCCGUCCCAGUGGUGGCGCCAGACGGCGGCGGAGAGGGGGCCCAGCAGCACCCCAGCAGCAGCAAGAGCCAGCCAGGCCCACCUCAGAAGGCAAAGUGACCUGUGAUAUCCGGCUCAGGGUGCGAGCAGAGUACUGUGAGCAUGGGCCAGCCUUGGAGCAGGGCGUGGCAUCCCGGCGGCCCCAGGCACUGGCGCGGCAGCUGGAUGUGUUUGGGCAGGCUACAGCAGUGCUGCGCUCGCGGGACCUGGGCUCGGUGGUCUGUGACAUCAAGUUCUCAGAGCUCUCCUAUCUGGACGCCUUCUGGGGUGACUACCUGAGUGGGGCCCUGCUGCAGGCCCUGCGGGGCGUGUUCCUGACUGAGGCUCUGCGAGAAGCAGUGGGCCGGGAGGCUGUCCGCCUGCUGGUCAGUGUGGACGAAGCCGAUUAUGAGGCUGGCCGGCGCCGCUUGCUGCUGAUGGAGGAGGAGGGAGGACGGCACUCGCCUGAGGCCUCCUGAUCCUGGAUCUGGCGGGAUUGACCCACCUCCCAGCCUCCAGGCCACCUUCACCCUGGAGGACGAUGACCAUCUCUAUCCCUAGAGGACUGUCACUCCAGCAGCUUUGAGGACUGCGACAGCCAGCCAGGCCCCUGGACGGACCCUCCCACAGGAUGUGGGCUCUGAGGCCUAAACCACUUCCAGUUGAGUUCCCUUCCCCCACCCCCCCACCCCCGCCUGUCCCCACCCCCUCCUGUCCCCACCCCCCAGGUGUGUUCCCUCAGUUUUAGGAGGCCAGGGGGUCAGGCCUGCAGAUCAGAAAGAAAGGGAGGCAUAGCCACACACUCACCAAAGGCCCCUUGCGCAUCGUUUCCAUGGCCCUGGGCUUGUGUGCACAUGCACACUGCUCUUUCUGAAAUCUCCCCGGGGCUCCUGCCCUUGUCUGCUCCGCUUACUUCUUUGGCCUAAGGGCUUCUCUCUCAGGAUCUCUGAUUGUACUACCCCCAGCCUUGGGCUUCAGGCAUACCAGUGGGCACUGGAGCUGGGGUGCAUCUGGGGCCUGCUCACCUUGCCCGCACAUUUCUACAGCCAGCCAGGGCUCUGCCCGUUUUCCACACACAGGCCUGGCUCUCCACCUUCUGCUCCCUGGAGCUGGACACAGACUUCCACAUGGAUCUACACCCAGAGUGUCACAUCUGUUGUGGCAGCAUCUGGCCAAGUGUCCCAUUUCCCUGGAGACCAGGACCAGAAACCAACUUCCUUCUCAGAAAGGGAAGGCAAAGGCUGGGGGCUGAUGGGAAAGGCCUUUUAUGAAUGACACCAAUAAAACUGCCCUGGCUGGGGCAUAGGUGGGCA